AUGCCAUCUUCAAAUAUAUUGAGAAAGCUCCAUAUUGGCAAAAGCAGUAGCAACCUCAAAACUAGUACUACGUCAGAAAUAACAGUUAAUUCGCUUGAUAAUAUCGAAUCAAUGGAUCAAUACAACCAGUACCAAUCUCCGCAAUCCCAACAGCAGCAGCUUAACCCAUUACCGGGUCAAGUGCAGGGCUUCAACCUGGAUCAAGCACAUCCUCAACAAAAUUUAGCUACCGAACAACAUUUAUCUGCUGAACAACAACGUGUGGAUGAUGCUAUCAAGCGUUCUUUGUUACCCGAAAGAUCGACCGUUUCUAAGGGUAAAUAUUCAUUAGCUGAUUUUAGAAUAUUGAGAACUUUAGGAACUGGUUCUUUCGGUAGAGUUCAUUUGGUACGUUCCGCUCACAAUGGUCGUUAUUAUGCCAUAAAGGUGUUAAAGAAACAUCAAGUAGUCAAAAUGAAGCAAGUUGAACACACAAAUGAUGAGAGAAGAAUGUUGAAAUUAGUCGAGCACCCAUUCUUAAUCAGAAUGUGGGGUACCUUCCAAGAUUCGAGGAAUUUAUUCAUGGUAAUGGAUUACAUUGAAGGUGGUGAAUUAUUCAGUUUAUUAAGAAAGUCACAGAGAUUCCCAAACCCUGUAGCAAAAUUUUAUGCUGCAGAAGUCACCUUAGCUAUUGAAUAUUUACACAGUCAUGAUAUCAUCUACCGUGAUUUAAAACCUGAAAAUAUUCUUUUAGAUAGAAACGGGCAUAUUAAAAUUACUGAUUUCGGUUUCGCAAAGGAGGUCAGUACAGUUACUUGGACGUUAUGUGGUACACCUGAUUAUAUUGCUCCUGAAGUUAUUACUACUAAGCCAUAUAAUAAGUCGGUCGAUUGGUGGUCUUUAGGUGUUCUUAUUUUUGAAAUGUUAGCUGGUUAUACUCCAUUUUACGAUUCAACUCCAAUGAAAACAUAUGAAAAGAUUUUGUCUGGUACGAUUCAUUUUCCAAGCUUUAUGGGACCUGAUGUUAUUGACUUAUUAUCCAAAUUGAUCACUGCUGAUUUAACCAGAAGAUUAGGAAAUUUAAUGAAUGGACCAUCAGACAUUAGAAAUCAUCCGUGGUUCCUGGAAGUUGUAUGGGAAAAAUUAUUAGCUAAGGAUAUCGAAACACCAUAUGAACCACCUAUCACUGCGGGAGUUGGUGAUUCUUCGUUGUUCGAUCAUUACCCAGAAGAAAAAUUAGAUUACGGUUCAGUUGGUGAGGAUCCUUAUGCUCAAUAUUUCCUUGAGUUCUAA